GAGAGAGUCAGUCAGAGAUUGGCGAAAAAUAUGAGCUCAAGCAUUCCAUCAAUGGCCGCUCCUAUUUUCUUCUUCUUGCUUCUUUCUACUCUAGUUUCUGCGAAAACGCGCGAUGUCACGGAGUUACAGAUUGGCGUGAAGUAUAAGCCAGAAUCUUGUGAUGUUCAAGCUCACAAAGGUGAUAGAGUCAAAGUACACUAUCGGGGUACCCUCACGGAUGGAACCGUUUUUGAUUCUAGUUAUGACCGAAAUGAUCCAAUUCAGUUUGAACUUGGGACUGGUCAAGUAAUCAAAGGAUGGGACCAAGGGCUGCUGGGAAUGUGCGCCGGUGAAAAGAGAAAGUUGAAGAUACCGGCUAAACUUGGUUAUGGUGAACAGGGUUCUCCACCUACUAUCCCAGGUGGCGCAACUCUAAUAUUCGAAACAGAGCUUGUUGAAGUGGUGGGGAAAACAUCAAGCGGAGGCAAAUCUAUAGACAGCGACCUGUAGUCAGCCACAUAAGUCCCCGCUAAUGGCGCCAUUUCCAGCCUCUUUUUUUCUACCCUGAUUGUUUGUUUUGCAUUUAAAAAAAAAUAGUUUGUUUUCUAGUUAGCAAAGGCUGGUAUCCUUAUAGACUUUUCGUCAAGCAUCAAGUUAUCAACGACUUUCCGCA